AUGAAAAACUGUAGUUUUAGGCAACAGAGUCUAGUAUUUGUUGUUUCUGCAAAAGGUAUCAAGAUGGAUUCAGAGAAGGUUAGAGAAAUUCUUGAAUGGCCUAGUCCUAAGAACAUAACAGAGGUAAGAAGAUUUCAUGGUCUAGCCACAUUUUAUCUAAAGUUUAUUCAAAAUUUUAGUACUAUUGUUGCACCCAUAACAGAUUGUACCAAAGGAAAGGAAUUCAUGUGGACCAAUAAGGCUGAAGAAAGUUUCAAGUUUCUAAAGAAGAAGGUAGUUGAAGCUCCCAUAUUAGCAUUACCAGACUUUGAAAAGGUGUUUGAAGUUGAUUGUGAUGCCUCACAUGUAGGUAUUGGAGCUAUUCUUAGCCAAGCAGGAAGUGUUGGGCAUAGUGCUGUUAGCAAUUGCUUUCCUGUGAUUUAUUGUACCAUUUGCGAUGCCAUGUUUACGCGUAAUACAUGUGAUCUUCAACAAAAUGGGAAUUACAGAUGCUGUUGCCUUCAUGGCUGUUAA